AUGGCCAUGACCGCGAUAGAAGCGUCCUCUGAACCGCCAGCCAGUGCCCACACCGAGGAGCACGGGGUUUCCAUGGUACCCGUAGAGGCUGGAGCUCAAGAUGGGUCCGUGAUGGCGGUCACAUCGCCAGCCAUGUUUGUCCCUGAAGUGCUCGUCGACUGUCACCAACCUCAAGCCACGGACAGUCGCUCGGACAACUCGGCGCCGACGCCAUCGUCCGUGUUCGCGCCAGUCGACUUGCUGGAUGUGCAUAAACCAACAGUGCUCCAGUUCGUCCCAGUCGACUUGACGGGUGACCCGAGGUCGAUGGCAGCUCUUGACACGCUCGCGACAACGUCGACAGAAGUUGCGCAGGAGACCGGCAUGUCCGUGGAGAACGAAUGCCCAGAUACGAUCGAUAUACCCAACGGCAUCGAUAAAGAACCAACUCACAGCGCUCUACAACCGUCGACUUCGGCUGAAAGAGAAGCGGUGCCACGUCGACAAGCCACCGCAUCAAGUCUUCACUCGCCAGCGACAAACCGAUCGCCAACUCCAUUGGCAAGUGAACGAGAGCAGGCAAGCCUCCCGACCGUCCACCACGAAAACUCCUCCUGCAACUUACAUGACACAUCGCCGUUGAAGUUCGUGCCCGUCGAAUUGGUCGAGGUUCGUCGCGCCAUGCCAGCAGCCCAAAUCCAAACGACAAGCGCGAUGCUCGACCGAGUUGGACGGGCGCGAAGCACCCCCACCCACAUCACCGAAUCGACCAUGUCAGGCGAUGAAGCGUUGCCUGAUAUGAUGGACGGUGCUGGAGAAGAAGACGAUGUCGACAGCCUUGACGACGACGACGAUGUCGAAAUUGCUGCGAUCCUGAAAGAAGCCGCCAUGAUCACUGACUUGGCGAUCCAGGAAGGCAGAAUCGAGCCCUUUCGGGGGGAUCACUCUGUCAUGAAUGAUGUACAACAAGCCUCGACAGCGAUACGGUCCACCUCCUCCCCCACUCUUGGUCCCCACCAGGAGCAGCCAGUAGCAACUACUUUGUUUUCACCAGUUGAACUGCUUUCUCCUACAACUGGAGCGACCGCCAUGUUGCACGAGCCAUCCGUUGGCACGCCGCCACACGCCCAAGGCUUUCGCAUGGAUACGGCGGCGCAUCGCCCUGGCAGGACGUCUACGUCGACGACGCCGACGUACAGCGAUGCCUCCACUCCGUCACCGCCGACUCCCCAACACGACGGAACGAAACGUCGAAAGCGACCCCCCCGGGCGGCAGCGCGAGUGUCCCGGCCAACUACGGACAAUAUCCAAACCAUUUCGACCCUUAAACGGAUGGCCAAGCACAAUGCCAAGGUGGCGCACAUCGUCGUAACGCAAAAACGACCGAAAGCCACCUAUCCUACGGCGUCCCCAACUGAAGCAUCCAAAGCCCCCCAGACGCCCCCUUCAACUCACUCGUCCACGAAGCGUUCAGGGACUGUGUUUGCCAAGCUCAGCGACGCCCACCAUUGCCGAUUCUAUCCAAAAAAAACCAAAGCCAGUGUCGCCGCGAUGCGAAAUCCUGCCUGCGGCUACGACUUUGUCCAUCGCGGCCACGACGGCGAUGACGGGACGGCGGGCAACGAUUUUCUCAAUCGGAUGCAAGUUGCCGAGCAGAACCGGCGCAAGAAGCUCGAGACGACGCGGGGCGAGGAAGCAUAUAUGCUGCGCCAGAGUAAGAAAGAGUGCCCGAAAUGCGGCAUGGUGCAGUCGUUUGCGGAAUGGCGCGACAAGAAGAAGCGGUGCACGUUUUGCGGCGUGCUCUUCGCGCUGCCCAAGGCAUGGGGCGACAUUGGCCAUGCGUUCUUCGUCCGCAUGGAAGAGGACGCGCAGCAACGGGAGCAACACCGCCACGCGCUGCUGCAGAAAGUGGUCGCGCACGAAACAUCCCAAAACGUUGUGGCCACGUCCGCCGUGCAACGUCGGUUCGCCAAGCAGCAGCAGCAGCAGCAGGUCCGAAAGCCACCCAAGACCAAAGCCACUCCCGACGACGCGCCGGCCGCGAUCGACUUCGACCCACCUGCAUUCGACGCGGCUUUGUCUAACGAACUCGCGAGUUGA